CAUCGCGUGGAGAGGCCUAGUCGUUGCGGGCCCCGGCCGUGGGAUGAGGCGACGAGCCCGGCUUUACUCCCCCUGUCAGACGCGCCGGGCCGGGCCUGCUCCCCUCGUCACUCUCCCCGCCCGCAGAUGUCGGGCCUGCCCGCCAUACCGCUGCUGAUCAACCUGGGCUGCUCGCUGCUCGGCCUCCUCGCCACCGCCGUCCUCAUCCCCGCCUUCAGGCAGCACUUCAUCGCCGCCCGGCUCUACGGCAUCGACCUCAACAAAACCUCCAAUGAGCAAAUCCCGGAAGCUCAAGGAGUAAUCAGCGGUGUGGUCUUCCUCAUCAUUCUUUUCUGUUUCAUUCCUGUUCCUUUUCUGCACUGCUGGGCGGAGGAGCAGUGCAUCACCUUUCCUCAUGAUGUGUUUGUACAGUUGAUUGGAGCCCUGCUUGCCAUCUGCUGCAUGAUAUUCCUUGGCUUUGCUGACGACGUCCUAAACUUGCGAUGGAGACACAAGUUGCUGCUGCCCACCAUGGCUUCCCUGCCCCUACUCAUGGUUUACUUCACCAAUUUUGGCAACACCACAAUUGUAGUGCCAAAGCCCAUGCGCUUUUUUCUGGGUCUCCAUUUGGACUUGGGAAUUCUGUAUUAUGCAUACAUGGGGAUGCUGGCAGUGUUCUGCACGAAUGCCAUCAACAUUCUGGCUGGCAUCAAUGGCAUUGAGGCUGGGCAGUCUCUUGUGAUUGCCAUGUCAAUCAUCAUAUUCAACUUAGUAGAAUUAAAUGGUGACUACAAGGAUGACCACAUAUUCUCCUUGUACUUCAUGAUACCCUUUUUCUUCACCACUUUAGGACUGUUGUACAAUAAUUGGUACCCAUCCCGCGCCUUCGUGGGCGACACAUUCUGUUACUUUGCUGGAAUGACCUUUGCUGUGGUCGGGAUCCUGGGUCACUUUAGCAAGACCAUGAUGUUGUUUUUCAUCCCUCAAACGCUCAACUUCCUCUACUCAGUGCCUCAGCUUUUCCAUAUUAUUCCCUGUCCUCGACAUCGGCUACCCAGACUAGACCCCAGUACUGGAAAGCUGGGCAUGAGUUACUCAAAAUUCAAAACAAAGGAUUUGCCUAAACUUGGAGACUUAAUACUAAAGGUGGCGGAUACAUUCCGGCUGGUGGAGGUGAACCGCGGAAUUGGAGAAAAUGACGAAUACACUGAAUGCAACAACCUCACAGUGAUUAACUUUGCAAUAAAGCUGAUAGGCCCGACGCAUGAGAGAACCCUGACCAUUAUACUUCUGCUCUUUCAGGUCUCAGGAAGUGUGUUUGCUUUUCUGAUCCGUUAUCACCUAGUCCGCUGGUUUUAUGAAGUCUGAUUCUCAUUUGCAAAUAUUUGAAGCAUGGAUUAUUCCUCUUGGGAGUUGUCUAACUCUGACCUGCCUGCCUCGCUUACAGAACACCUGGGUGUCAAUUGAUUGCUUGGUUGGAUGUGCGGAGUUGGGAUUUUGAUUUGAUUUUUAUUGUUAGUGCACUUCAUUGUUAAAUAAUGUUGCUAAAAAUUGGUCUUGAAUAUAUUUUGAUCUAAUUCAUGUGAGCAUUGAAGGAAUCUAAUGAGAGACUGUGGGUGUAAUGGUCUGUCUUUAUGAUUUAAGUGACUGCAUAAAAUAAUGUGACUGGAUCUCCAAAUUGCAUGGGGACAAUUUCAAUGUAAUUGUUCUUGAAUGAUGCACUUCAUUAUGUUGCACACAUCUUUGCUCUAUGUUCCUCUAGAACUUGGUGCAAUAUCAAAGGAUGCUUUAUGUAAGGAAGAGCCUUUCACUAUCUUGAUGUAAGGAAGAGCCUUUCACUUUCUUGAAUCCUUUGUUUUAAUUUCAAGAUUAUUUGUUCAGUUCUGGAGACUGAGCCCUUAUCUUACCAAUGAUUGUAAAGUCACUCGAGCUCUUGCAUCAUUCCAGUUCACGACUGGCAUUUUACUUCAUUCAUAAAAUAUCCUGUCUGAGUAGUGAUAACAAUGACUUUAGGGAGUAAUCUGAAGAGACAUCUUUGUGUCUGGCAGAUGGACUACACUAAGAGAAAAUGUAUUGACAUUCCUGAGCUUUAACUUGAAAGCCAUGCAGCUUGAGGCAGUGUUUGUCAGUAACACCAUUAGUAAUGUCAAAGCACACACUGCAUAACUAACAUUCAAAAAUUAUUAAUAAAGCAAGUGGUUGCCUCCCAGCGCUAGAGACCCGGGUUUGAUUUUGACCUGGUGGUCUGUCUGUGUGGAGUUUGCAUGUGCCCCCUGUGACCGCAUGGGUUUACUCUCACGCCCCAGACAUUGGAGUUUGCAGGUUAAUUGCACUCUGUGAAUUGCCCCUUGUGUAGGGAAUGGAUGAGAUGGCGGGAUAACAUAGAACUAGUGUUAACGGGUGAUCGAGGUUUGGUAUGGGCUCGGUGGGCUGGAGAACCUGUUUACAUGCUGUAUCUCUAAAUUGAGUGAAAUUGAAGAAUGAUAGAGUGGUGUAGUGUUUCCUCACCUGGGCACUGUCUCGGAUUUCUUGGAAAGGGAAUUUUUGCUGUGCAGAAUGUGGAGAAGUGCAAAUUCUUACAAAUAUGGUCAAUGCCAUGAACUGCCAAUGGUGAAUCUUUCCUAUAUGGUUCGGGUAACUUGAGGCAAAGGGGACAGUUAGUAAAUUGUUUAUUUUUGUAAAGUGUGCAUGUUGCAAGGACAGUAAGUGGUUAUUUAUGCAAUUUACAGUCAACAAACAGGACCCUAGGGGCAAAACACAAAAUGCUGGAGGAAGCCAUCAGGUCAGGCAGCAUGUUGUUCAAGAAGGAACUGCAGAUGCUGUAAAAUCGAAGGUACACAAAAUUGCUGGAGAAACUCAGCAGGUGCAGCAGCAUCUAUGGAGUGAAGGAAAUAGGUAACGUUUUGGGCCGAAACCCUUCUUCAGACAGCAUCUGUGGAGGGAAUGGACAGAAGGCACCAUCAGGGCCUUACCCUAGAAGUCUGUUUUGGGGGUCAACAAUCCAAAGAAGUAGCUGCAGGCUUAAAAUAAUAGCUGUAAAUGGAAACUAGAAGCAUGUUUAAGAGCAAACUACACUGGAUGAAGUCCUAAGACAUUCAGCAUUGAUGCAUUGCUGACAGCCUUAAAAGAAAGUAAUUUAUUUAUAAGACUUUACAACUCAAUCAACUGAAUAAAACUGCACAUUAAAUUGCAUCAAUUAUCAUCACAUUUUACUUCCCUCAGUUAAAUAAUGAUAAUUUAACAGCAAUUAUUUAAAAUAAUGUUUAAGGAACAGGGAUUCUAUCAGCUAGAUAUUUUGUGUGUCCAUGGUAAGAAUAAAAUAUUGCAUCGGGACACUGAAAUUAAUCCACUGCUCUGAAAUCUUUUAAUGGUGAGUCUUUCCUAUAUGUGUGUUGUCUUGUCGUGACCCUAUUCUAAAUCUGGUAACUUGAAAGAUAAAUGAAUAUUUGAAUAAUAUGUAAGAGAAUGUUACUUUUUUAUACAUUGUGUAUAAAAUUGUGUAGAAGUGUGCAUAAUUGAGAAUAUGAUUCUCCAUCAGUUGGUGACAAUAUAAACAAUAGGGCUCUGACAACUGUGGCUUCAGGAACCAAAUAAAAACUUCAGAGAAUUUACUGAAUGUAAAAA